GAGGCACCUGGGCAGUCGCGUGUCUUCGUGCCACCAGCUACCUUCCGCAAAGCGGCCGAGUGUGUCUGGACUGACCAUGGGAAAUCCACCCUGCGAUGGCUUUGUGGCUAUGUCGCGCUUCAGCCUGACUACGGGCGCUUCGGCAAUCUCUGCAGAUCGUGGCUGGUCGGACCCCAUGUGGCCAUAAAGCACGAUCUGGAUGCGCUUCAG